AAACUCACACAGCGAGGCUUCAUAAACAGCGGUGGAGGCGCAGAGUUUUCAUUGUCUUCCAUUUUUCCUCUUCAACCAUCACAAACUUCUUCUUCUUCUUCUUCUUUUCUCUCUAUGCUUCGUUAAGAUGCCUCAGGGACCCACUUCUUUUUUUCUUUGUCUUUCUGUAGCUCUGAAAAGAAACCGACCCCAUUAAUGACAGAAACCGCAAAAUCCACAGGAAAAUGAAGACCAGCAGUUAAUGCCUGGAAACUCUCUCUUUGUACGGUCUUUCUCCAACCACCUUCAUUAUAGACUAUAUCCCAACUUUCCAAGUUCCCACUCUCAUUCAAUUCAUUGACGGAGAAAAAUCAUUUAUUUGUACUAAUUGGUUUUUUUUCAUUUUUUAUUAAUUUCUUGUUUGUUUUCGACGUUUGUUUCUCCUGCUUCCUCUGCAUUUAUCUUCCAUUUUUAGUUUCUUGUUCUCCCAAGUGGGUUCUUCUCUGUUUUCCUGGAGAAUUUCACCUAGGGAGACAUUCGUUUGUGUUUUCCAUUUUUUUUUUUUUUUUCCGGGUUCAUGGGUUUUUGAUAAACUUGUUUGUGCAUUGAACAUUAUCCGGAAAAGUUGACUCUGUUUGUGUCCUGACUUCUCUCUCUCAUCAUCUUGAACAAUUCCUGACUUCGAUAGCUUUAUGGGUUUUCUUGAAUUCGGGUAGGUAAAGAAAAGCAAAAUGGUUAGACCUUAGGUUUUUGGCUGCAUGGAUUUUCUUCAUGGCUUGUUUCGAGGAAAUGCUACUUUCAGGUGAAAAGCCUAGAUAGGUCUCUUCCGUUUACCUUGAAUAUAGCAAUCCAGCUUAGCGUAUAGGAAUUUUUUGUUUGUGAAAUCGGGAGGUUAAUUGCUCAAAAAUUGUUCAAUAUGGGACACUUUGAGUGUUUUAUUCUACUUGUUGUUUGUGAGAUUCUUUUCCUUCCAUAUACACAAGAGUUGCAAACCUCUCAAAGCCAAGUCUUGGCCCAGCUAAGGAAGCAUUUGGAGUACCCUCCAGCAUUGCAAAUUUGGGAAAAUUAUAAUGGAGAUUUCUGUAACCUGUCCUCUGAACAUAUGAGCAUAUCAUGCCAGGAAAAUUCUGUCACUGAGCUCAAAAUCAUGGGAGAUAAGAAUCUUAAGGUUAGGGAUUUCAAUGGGUUUGCAGCUCCAAAUCAGAGUCUUUCAGAAAAGUUCUCUGUUGAUUCUUUUGUUACCACGUUGUCAAGAUUACCCAACUUGAGAGUUCUUAGCUUAGUUUCUUUGGGAAUUUGGGGUCCACUGCCUGAUAAGAUUCAUAGGCUCUCUGAGCUUGAACUCUUGGACUUGAGCUCAAAUUUCUUUUUUGGUUCUAUUCCAGCUAAAAUAUCAACAAUGGUUAAACUUCAUACUCUGAUUCUGGAUGGAAAUUACUUCAAUGAUACUGUCCCUGAUUGGUUAGACUCACUCUCAAAUCUCACCAUUGUGAGCUUGAAGAGUAAUAGGCUUAAGGGUCAAUUUCCUAAUUCAAUCUGUAGAAUUAAGACUCUCACUGAUAUUGCCAUAUCUCACAAUGAGCUUUCUGGUAAAUUACCUGGUUUGAGUAACUUAACCAGUCUACAUGUAUUGGAUUUAAGAGAGAACCAUUUCGAUUCUGAAUUACCAGAAAUGCCUAAAGGAUUGGUUACUGUUCUUUUGAGCAAAAACUCCUUCUCAGGCAAGAUUCCUGAGCAAUUUGGUGAUUUGGGUCAGCUUCAGCACCUUGAUCUGUCCUUCAAUAAUCUUACUGGAAUACCCCUCCCUGAUUUGUUCUCCUUGGCAAACAUUAGUUAUUUGACUUUAGCAUCCAAUAAUCUAAGCGGAUCAAUACCAGAGCAGCUAAAUUGUGGUGAAAAACUUGGGUUUGUUGAUAUUUCGAGUAAUAAGUUGAUAGGUGGGCUUCCUUCUUGCUUGUAUAGUUCAGAUAACAGAGUCAUUAAAUAUGAUUGGAAUUGCCUUUCCAUUGAUUCUCAACAUCAACAUCAUGGAUCGUACUGCAAAGAAGCCUUCAUAAGGGGGAAACAAUCAAAAAAUACAGAAAUUAUGAUAGUAGCUGCUGCCAUUAUUGGACUUAUUCUUGUUAUAGUUCUUUUGGCACUUGGGAUUCUCUUAUUGCGUAAAAAAAAAGGUGCAAGAAGGACUUAUAAGCAGCAUAUAUUACCAAAGAUUGUGCAAGCUAAUUCACCAUCUGGGGUUUGCUCUGAACUCAUUACAAAUGCCAGGUUCAUUUCUCAGGCAGUGAAAGUAGGAACACAAGGUGCCCCAGUCUGUCGAUUGUUUUCUUUUGAAGAGUUGAGGGAAGCAACAAACAAUUUUGAUGUGUCUAUGUUUAUGGGUGAAGCCUCCGUCGGACAGCUUUACAAAGGAAAAUUGGAAAAUGGGGCCUAUGUUGCUAUAAGGUCUCUGGCUCUUACGAAGAAAUACUCAGUUCAAAACCUUAAAGUUAAGCUCGAUUGGCUUUCUAAACUUCACCAUCAGCAUUUGGUUUGCUUCUUGGGCUAUUGCAUUAUGAGCGGUGAACAAGAUGAUUCUAGUGCCAACAAGGUCCUCCUUGUAUUUGAAUACGUGCCUAAUGGGGAUUACCGUACCUAUCUGUCAGAAAAUUGUCCUGAAAAGGUGCUUAAGUGGUCUGAUAGAUUGACAAUUUUGAUUGGAGUUGCAAAGGCUGUGCAUUUUCUACAUACUGGAGUUAUUCCUGGUUCUUUCAACAACAGAUUGAAAACAAACAAUAUACUGCUUGAUGAGCAUCGCAUUGCAAAGUUGAGUGACUAUGGGAUCUCCGUCAUUACAGAAGAAAUUGAAAAAUUUGAGGCCAAGGGAGAAGGUUCAAAAUCAAGACGAGCUAACAUUGUCACAUAUCCUUGUCGCAGCCAUAAGCAAAACUUGGGGGAUGAUGUUUACAACUUCGGAUUUAUACUACUUGAAUCACUUGUUGGUCCAGUAGUAAGUGGUAAAGGAGAAACAUUCCUGCUAAACGAAAUGGCAUCUUUUGGCAGUCAGGAUGGUCGAAGAAGAAUUGUGGAUCCAGUAGUUUUAACCACUUGCUCACAAGAAUCGCUAUCAAUUGUGGUAUCGAUCACGAAGAAAUGCAUAUCAUCGGAACUCUCAUCCAGACCCUCUUUCGAGGAUGUUCUUUGGAACUUACAGUAUGCAGCUCAAGUUCAAGCCACUGCUGAUGCUGAUCAAAAAUCAGAUUCUAUAUCAUAGUUGUGAGUUUUUAAGCUGCUCAACACCUAACAUCCAUCUCCAAGAAGCCUUCUGCUGCUGUCAAUAUGGAAGCAGACACAACAACCGUGAAGGAUGUCUGCAGAAAACACAUGGUGGGCCUCCAUUUGAGCUGACAACCUUAAUUGUAAUGUGUGAAAAUGAAAUUUUUUUGGGUUUCCUUCCAUUAAAAUGAUAUGUAAAGCUGUAAAUGCCUUUUUUCCUUUUCUAUUUCUCAACUUAGAAAAUAUAAAAAUAUAAAAUUUUUGGUACAAAUGAGAUUGCUUGGAUAA